AUGGUCCACUUCACUGCUCUCUUGACUGCCGCCUUUGCUGGUAUGACCAUCGCUUCACCCGCCCAGAGACGUCAGACCGCCGACUCAACCAACGAUCUCGUCUGCGGCACUCUCCUCCAACCCCUCGCCGGCUUCCUCGACUACCAAUCCGGCAACGCAGCCGGCAACACCGAAAACGUCCUCGCUGCCGCCAGCGACAUCCUCUCCAAAGCCCAACUACCCUCGGACGUCUCCAGCAUCGUCAACAGCGUCACUGGCGGCAUCGUGGGCUCCAUCACCAAUGGCGUUAGCAAUGUGCUUUAUGGCCUUAGCACCGGCGCAGACAAUGUGGAUCCUGAAUGUAAGACCAAUGCUGCUUACUGCACUAAUGAGUUGAGUGCUGCUUCGGCGGCUUGUGCUGCUGGUCAGUCUGCGCAGGCUCAGGAUGCUUGUUUGCAGGCUAAGUACACUUGUGCGAGAAAUGGGUUGUUGGAUGCUAGUCAGGUUGAUGGGGUUGCUUCUUGCUGUGAGCAGUAUACUGGUUCGGCUGCUUCUUCGUAA